AAGCGGGUCAGCCCGGUUCAUCGUCGUUAAAAGAAAAAGAAAAAGAAAACAGUUAAAUUGUUGAAGUAACGAAAUCGGUGUUUGCUCUGAACCCUAACACAGUUACAAACGCCACCUUCAACCACCGUUUCAGUUGUGAUGGGGACCAAAGCAAAGAAAGCUACUGUCAAGAAGAGUUUGAAAAAGGCUAAUGCUAUUAAACCAUCUGAAGCUGCUGAUUUUUUGCCGUUGGAAGGCGGUCCUGCUCACAAACUUCCGAAUCUUAAACCAUUGGAAAAUGCUUCCCCUGUUUUGUAUAUUGGUAGGAUUCCACAUGGAUUCUAUGAGAAGGAGAUGGAAGCUUAUUUCGCACAAUUUGGUACCAUUAAGAGAUUGAGAAUUGCCAGAAAUAAAAAGACUGGAAAGUCAAGACAUUUUGGGUACAUUGAAUUUGAAUCUCCUGAGGUAGCAAAAAUUGUGGCCGAUACUAUGCACAAUUAUUUGCUUUUCGAACACCUUCUUCAGGUUUCCGUGGUACCUUUAGAACAUGUUCAUCCCAGAUUAUGGAAAGGAUUCAAUUACCGCUACAAACCCGUGGACUCUCUCCAAAUUGAACGAGAGCGACAUGACAAGGAAAGAACAUUGGCAGAACACAGAAAGUUGAUCGACAGGGUUAUGAAACGUGACCAAAAACGACGUAAAAGGAUAGAGGCUGCUGGCAUUGAAUAUGAAUGUCCCAAGAUUGUCGGUAACCUCCAGUCUGCUCCAAAGAAGAUAAAGUUCGAAGACUGAGUAGAUGAAGGUUGAUGCUGGUCUAUCAUGCUGGUCUAUCAUGCUGGUCUAUCAUGUUCUUAGGAUUUUAAAAAUUACUAAUGUAAUAUCCUCUUUGGAGGGGCAAGAGCUUCCAAUUUUGAGACUUUAUAAACAUUAUGAAAAAUAUUUGUAGAAGUGUUAUCCAUUAGUGUUUGUUGCAGUUAAACACCUUCGUUAUGGCGAGUUGAUAAAUAUUGAAUUCUCUUUA